GUGACCUGAUGAAAUGUACUCAACAUAAUAGAUUUUGCAAUUAACAAAACAUGAACUAAUAUCACAACUCCCUAAGAGUAAAUAUAAGAUCUCAGGGCACACAAUCAAUUUAUACUCACUAUUCAUAAUGCUCAUGAUUAGGUUCUGAAAUAAUCAAAUGGUGUUUAUAGCAAGGAGAUCAGGUCGAUAAUAACUUGGUCAUUCGAAAAUGUUAAAUCAUUACGGGUCUGAAAAAGAAGGAGAAGUUUGAAAAUUUAAUAAAUAGUAAAAGACAAUAGAUUGUAAAGGAAUAGAAGAAACUUUACGAAGAAACAAUUC